AUGACGGAUAAUUUAAUCAAUAGGGAUGAAACGAGUUUAAGAGACCUACAAAUUAGGUCAAUUGUUAAAAUGUUGUUUUUAAACAAAGUGAACAUUGAGAAUGACAUUGGCAAUGGUGCUAAUGGUGCCAAUUUGUUAGAUAGUAUUGAUUUGGAGAAUUCCUUUAAUGAAAAUGAAUUGAAUUGGAAAGUUUUAAUUUUGGAUAAAAAAACUACUGAUAUUAUAUCUUCAAUUUUACGUGUCAAUGAUUUAUUGAAAUGUGGUAUUACUGUUCAUUAUUUGAUCAAUCAAAGUAGAUCUGCUUUGUCUGAUGUCCCUGCUGUUUAUUUUGUCUCCCCAACUAAGGAGAAUAUAGAUUUCAUUGUUGAAGAUUUAAAAUCUGAUAGAUACUCUGAUUACCAUUUAAAUUUUAGUUCAAACUUACCAAGAGAUUUAUUAGAAGAUUUAGCUAAACAAGUCACUCAAAUAGGAAAAUCAGAUAGAAUCAAACAGGUUUAUGAUCAAUAUUUGGAUUUCGUAGUCACAGAACCAGAAUUAUUCUCUCUGGAAAUAUCAAAUACUUACUCGAUUUUAAAUAACCCAUCAACUACUGAGGAAAUCAUUAAUACACUUUGUGAACAGAUCGCAACAGGUUUGUACAAUACUGUGAUCACUACUAAUACCAUACCAAUCAUUAGAUCUCCAAUUGGUGGCCCUGCUGAAAUCAUAUCUGAAAAGCUAGGUGCUAAGUUACGUGAUUAUGUCAUAAAUACAAGAUCUUCUGGUCUGACAGAUGCUGAUUCAUUAGAGAGAUGUGUAUUGAUCAUUCUAGAUAGAAAUAUCGAUUUCUCUUGUAUGCUGGGGCACUCUUGGAUUUAUCAAUGUAUGGUUUUCGACGUUUUCAAUUUAGCAAAGAAUAUUAUCUCGAUCCCAGUUAAAGAUGAUAAAACUGAAAAUAUUACUUAUAAAAAGUACGAUUUAGAUCCAAACGAUUUCUUUUGGAAUCAAAAUUCUCAUCUACCAUUUCCUGAAGCUGCUGAAAAUGUAGAAAUUGCCUUAACAAAAUAUAAAGAAGACGCUGCAGAAAUAACUAAGAAAACCGGUGUCUCUAAUUUAACUGAUUUAGAUCCAAAUUCAAGUAAUGAUACCGUCCAAAUCCAAGAGGCUGUAAAAAAAUUGCCUGAAUUGACCUCUAGAAAAGCUGUCAUUGAUACACACAUGAAUAUUUUCGCUUCUCUUUUGUCACAAUUAGAAACUAAAGGUUUGGAUUCCUUCUUUGAAGUUGAACAAUCUCCUGAUAACGCCAAGACUAGAGCUAGAUUCUUGGAAAUUUUAAAGGACGGCAACACUACUAAUUUGGAAGAUAAAUUAAGAACAUUCAUGGUUUUAUACUUAACCUCGACUGAUGGUUUGCCAAAAGACUUCAUUAACGAUGUUGAAAAAUACUUCCAAAAUAAUAACUUUGAUAUUAAUGGUCUAAAAUACGUUUAUAAAUUAAGAGAAUUUAUGCAGUUGUCGAACAUGACAUUACAGAAUAAAUCGUUAGAAGAUGGCUCAAGCAAAGCAUCAACUGGUAAGGGCUCAACCCUAUCUGGAUUAUACAGUUUAACUGAAGGUAGAUUACAAGGUGGUGUUGGUAGUUUAAUUUCAGGUAUUAAGAAAUUGUUGCCAGAAAAGAAAACAAUCCCAAUUACUAAUGUUGUUGAAGCUAUAAUGGAUCCAUUGAAUAGUUCCCAAAAGAAUACAGAAACUACUGAUGGUUACUUAUAUUUUGAUCCUCGUUCUACUAGAGGCUCUCACACAAAGAAACCUAAGAGACAAUCUUAUAAUAAAUCUAUUGUAUUUGUUGUUGGUGGUGGUAACUAUUUAGAAUAUCAAAAUUUACAAGAAUGGGCUCAUUCUGAAAUUCAUAACCCAAAGAAAGUUAUGUAUGGUAGUACAGCUAUUGAAACACCAAAGGAAUUUAUUAAUGAAAUUACUACUUUGGGAUCAAUGAACUAG